AGUGUCCCGACAUCAAGCAGAUUCUGCUGCUGGUGCGGCAGAAGAAAGGCAAGACGCCACGCCAGCGCAUGGAGGACACGCUCAACGAUCCCUUGUUUGAGAAAGUACGCACAAUGCGCGGCGGCAUUGAGCCUCUCCUGGAAAAGAUGACACUCAUCGCUGGAGACGCAAUCGAGCCAGAUCUUGGACUUAGCCCGGCUGAUCGUCAGAAGAUCAUUGAAGAAGCUGACAUCAUCAUACAUGGUGCUGCCACUGUCAGAUUCGACGUGGAACUGAGAAGAGCGGUGUUACUGAACGUACGCGGAACUAAACUCGUAUUGGAACUAGGGAAGCAGUGCAAGCGUCUUCUGCUGUUUAUCCACAUCUCGACCGCCUACUGCCAUCCCCACGAAAAGCUUCUAGAGGAGAAGCCUUACUCUCCCCCCGCAAACCCCCACAAGAUCAUCCAGAUCAUGGAAUGGAUGGACGAUGCUACCGCCGCUGCUGUCACGCCUUUCUUACUGAAGAAGCAACCGAACUCCUACGCAUUCACGAAGGCACUUGGCGAAGCUCUAGUCGUUGAAGCCCUAGACAUCAUGCCGAUUGGAAUUCUGCGGCCCUCCAUCGUUAUCCCUAUUUACCAAGAGCCACUCCCGGGCUGGACAGACAACAUAAAUGGACCUACGGGACUGCUUAUCGGGGCCGGCAAGGGCGUCAUCAGGACUAUGUACUGCAAGAGUAACAGCUACGCUGAUUAUCUGCCUGUCGACGUUUUCAUCAACGGCAUCAUGAUUUGGUGCUGGGUGUUCAUCGAGCAGGGUGUCCAUCAUAUAAAAGUCAUCCACUUAACAUCAUCAGCGGAGGUCAAAGUCACAUGGGAGGAGAUGAUAGAAGCUGGCAGAGAAAUCAUCUUGAACAGAGUGCCGCUCAACGGAGUUGCCUGGUAUCCCGGCGGAUCGAUGAAGCACUCCCGUCUGUACCACAACAUUUGUGUGCUGCUGUUCCACUGGCUGCCCGCCAUCUUGGUCGACUGCUUGCUUUGGUGUCUCCGCUACGAACCUGUCCUGUGCCGGGUUCAGCGUCGCGUGACUAAAGGCUUCGAGGUCUUCGAAUUCUACACCAACAACCAGUGGGACUUCCAUUCAGACAUCGGUCAGCAGUACAGAAACGAUCUGAACCCACGGGAAAGGCUAGAGUACAAAGUAGAUGCCAGUGUACGGCGUAGGACGACGUGCGGGUGGCGGGGAAGGUGCGGGCGCCCUACGCCUGCCGCCCGCACCUUCCCCGCCACCCGCACGUCGUCCUACCCCGUCGUGCCGCCCGCACCUUCCCCGCCACCCGCACGUCGUCCUAUCGCGUCGAGCCGCCCGCACCUUCCCCGCCACCCGCACGUCGUCCUACCCCGUCGUGCCGCCCGCACCUUCCCCGCCACCCGUUUAGAUAUCAAGCGUUACUUCGAAGACUGCAUCUUAGCAGCUCGUCGCUACAUCCUCAAGGAGACAGAUGACACCAUCCCAGCCGCCAAGAGACAUAUGAAAGUGAUGUGGUGGGUCGACAUGCUGUUCCGCAUUUGUUUUUGGGCGCUGCUGCUGUACUGGAUCAGCGGGUUCUCUUCCACCCCAACCGCCGUCCCUGAAGCCAUCUCCGCAUAA